AUGAUGAAACAGUUGUACCCAAAGGACUGGGGAUUGUUAACAGGAGCCGCUUGGGGCUUGAACCAAAUGACUGUCACUAAGCGAAAAGAAACCGAAAGACAAGCUCAUCAUUUUACAAUCACUACAGAAAACGAUAUUCCGAACACCGCGACGCCUGCUAACUCUGCCAGUUUCUACCUCUGGCUGUACAACUUCUUUGACGAAGAUCCCUCGAUGGCCUCCCAUGAUACUGUGUUCAUUUCACCCACUGAAAAUGGCGAGUUCGACACUAUCCAUUUGGAACUCCCGAGGGACCUGCGUGCGCAGCGAAAA